ACAAUGACGCCUUGACAGUUACAAUUUGUUAUUACGAAAUUAGGAAGUGCAAUGUCAGGAUGAUGUAUUAAAAUUAUUUUAAUCCUUCUCGAACCAGUCAUUCAGUCAUUUCAAGUGUAGAAACAUUCAUAACCAUGGAAAAAGUCGUGAUUUUCGGAUCUACCGGUAUGACAGGUAUUUGUGCCGUAGAAGCAGCCGUAAAAAAAGGUCUCAACGUCAGAGCGUUUCUCAGAGAUCCAGCUAAACUGCCCGACCAUUUGAGAAACAGUGUCGAAGUAGUCAAAGGCAAUGUUUUGGAGUAUAAAGAUGUACUGAAUGCAAUAAAAAAUGUUACAGCCGUUGUCGUCGUCCUGGGUACAAACAAUGACCUUAAAGCCACCACCGAUCUGAGUGAAGGGAUGAAAAAUAUUGUCAGAGCCAUGAAAGAGUUGAACGUAGAAAUAGUUUCUGUUUGUUUGUCAGCUUUCCUGUUUCGGGAACCAGAAAAGGUUCCUCCAAUGUUCAAAGAACUGAACGCAGAUCAUCAGAGGAUGUACGAUGUUCUGAAGGAGUCAGGACUGAAGUAUAUUGCCUGUUUUCCACCUCACAUAGCAGAUCAACCCAGUAGUGACUACCAAACGCAACACGACACAUCUCCGGGCAAUACUAUAUCUAAGCAUGAUUUGGGUCGAUUCUUGAUAGACUGCCUUACCCAACCAGAACAUUACAAUAAGGUAGUCGGAAUCUGUACGAAACAUCAGUAAAUUAUCUCUGGUAUGAAGGACUGGAUGGUGCUUGCAUUUAUUUUAGUUGCAGAAUUAGAAUUUUUACAUAACGAGUUUUUAUGUAUUAUCAUAUUUGUCGUGGAUAAGCAAUUGUGUUUGGGGACGAUAUGAAGUUGUUAAAACGUUAAGGAGUUGAAAGAAGAAUUUUUAUCUUCAGCGUUUUCACUGUUCUACUAGGAUGUGUGUAGUAAGCAACUAUUGCUCAUUUUCAACACAUUUCUAAGCUGUGUUUGCUCGAUUGUAUCAAGUUAGUAUAAUCCAACAUCUCAUUCCAGAACUGUCUUUAAGAAACUGUCUAGGGUGAAUAUAUUCUAUUUCAUUGAUAUUUCAUAAUAAAUUACAUUAUAUACAA